UCUAGUAAUUUAAUUUUUCAAGAUGGUCACAGAACAUUCAAAUGAUGUUGAAAUGAGAAAUGCAGAUGAUGAUAUUACUAAUGAAAAUAAAGAUACUGAAACUAAAGAUGUGGAUACCCUUACUCUUGAAGAUAUUAAAGAACAUGCUAGACACAUUGAAAAGGCAGUUUUGUCAAAAGAACCUAGAUUUAUUUUGAGAGUUCUUCGUGUAUUAGUAUCAACACGGAAAAGAUUGAAUCCAAGAGUAUUGAAAACUCUAGUUAAUGGAUUUUAUACACAGUCAUCAGCACAAAGAGAAGCUCUCUUAUCAUUUAUUUCAACAGAAGAGCAAAUGGAUGUUGACAAUCAAGUCGUCAGUAAUUUUAGAAUAAGAAGUGGAAGAGCAGCUCAAACACCAUUAUUAACAGAAUUAGAUGUUUACAUACAUCUUCUGGUACUUCUCCACUUAAUUGAUUCAGAGUGUCAAGAAGCACAAAAAAAUCCUGAUAGAAUGAAACGUGCUGUUAAUUGUUCUGAACAACUAAUGCAAAAGAUACAAGGUCAAAAUCGUCGUACAUUAGACACACUAGCUGCAAGAUGUUAUUUCUAUCAUACUAGAUGUUAUGAACUUGCUGGAAGAUUGCAUGAAAUUAGAACAAUCACGAGUAGAUUUAUAACUAGCCCAAGUGGUCGUAUUAAUGCAAUUCAACUAGAGUAUACCAAAGCUCAUAAAAAUUUACUGCAAGCUAUUCGUAAAGCUCCACAACAUACAGCUAUUGGAUUCAAACAAACAGCUUACAAAUUAGCUAUUACAGUUGAAUUACUAUUAGGAGAAAUUCCAGAUCGUUCUUUGUUCAGACAACCAACACUUCGAAAAUCUCUUGCACCAUAUUUUCAGUUAACGCAAGCUGUUCGUCAAGGAAAUCUUUUCAACUUCAAUGGAGUGGUGGACAGAUUCAGUAAGACAUUUCAAGAUGAUCAUACAUUUACUUUGAUUAUUCGUCUACGACAUAAUGUGAUCAAGACUGGUGUUCGUAUGAUCAAUUUAUCUUACUCUCGGAUUUCCCUUGCUAAUAUUGCUAGUAAAUUACAAUUGGAUAGUUCAGAAGAUUCUGAAUUUAUUGUUGCUAAGGAUAUUCGUGACGGUGUAAUUGAAGCUAAUGUUGAUCAUCAUAAGGGAUAUAUGCAAUCCAAAGAAAAUAUUGAUGUUUACUGCACUAGAGAACCUCAAACAGCAUUUCAUCAGAGAAUAACAUUCUGUUUAAAUAUCCAUAAUCAAUCUGUAAAAGUAAGUCGAUUGCGUUUUGUGUUUCAGGAGCGUCGGGAGCGGGAGCAGCAGGACCUGGAAUACGCCAAGGAGAUGGCCGACGAAGACGACGAGUUCCCCUAGCAACCGGGCCGGCACCGGAGAGUCGCCCGGUCCGGUCCACCGUCGGGGGGAGGACGCCGGUGCUUAGUCUCUUCCGUUCCGUUACGUCACCUGUAACCUUUUCGUGUAUAGCAAUAAAAAGUGUUCUUUCUUUC